AUGUUGCCACCACCUAGCGGAUCAUUUGUCCAAGAACGAAAGUUCAAGAACAACGAGGGACCACCCAAGCGGAGAUCUUAUCGCAAGCGUAACGACUCAAAAUGGACUAUGAUGGAGGACAAGAUCGCGAAAUUGUAUAGCCGCAUGCCACUGAGAGUAGUCAGAGAGAUCAUGUGGUGUAUCUACAGCUUUGAAGAAGAAGAAUCGGAAUACAAGAAGCAAUUCAGUCUAUGGCGAAAUGUUGACCCGACGAGAUUAGAUACAACAGGUGAGCAGGGGCGAGAGAAAGAGAACCCCAAGCGUCCGGAUAUAGCAAUACAAACGAUCAUGGUGGCUCUUGAGGAGUUCACCUUACAGAGCCAGGCCACUAAACAGGCUGCCAUUGCCUUGUCUACAUCCCAAAUGGAGACACAGGAAAAAAUUCUUUUGGGCCUGGAUCGUUAUAUUAGAGCGGUCUUCAGCCCCACAAAUGGAGCCUGGGGUUUCAACAUGCUCAGUUUCAUUAGCCCAACCGGUGACGCGACGACUUUGAAUUUAUGGGAAAGGCUUGCCGACCAAUGUACCACCAUAGAGGACCUCAUGAAGAACGGACUUGUGGGUAAAGCGCAGUAUCUAAUGGACGAUUUGCUGGGGUCAUUGCCAACCGGCUCACGGAGCACAGAUCCUUCGAUGUUGCUUCAGCUGUGGCAAGCUUGUCUGAAGCUCUUGUCGAUCGAAAAGCGAAGACUUUUAAAGGACCGUGCUUUGAUCAAACUUUUAGAAGCUAUCAAACAAAAUUUGACUGCGGCGAAGGAGGAAAAUGGGGACAUAUUGAUGGUGGUAGAAGCUCUCGUGAGUGUUAGCUGCUCCAGGAUGAAGACAACACUACGUCUCGCGACUUUCAAGACGGUGAUGACUUUGCAAGAACUCAUCGGAGAUGAGAACAUCAUGGUACUUGGACUGUGGUCCCUCUAUUGUCGGACCUGGAAGACUUCGCAGCGUUCGCGAGACGCCCUGUUGAAGAAGCUUGAGCAUGUUCGAAAGGCGACACAACAGGCUCCACUAUCCGACGUUAUCACUUUAUCAUAUUACCACACUUAUGCUGUUCAUAGCGCCUCUAACGACCGCGCCAAAUCAGCUGAAAUGGCCAGGGAUCUUAUACACAGAGUGGUUGCCCUGCCCCUCCCCUGCAAGCCUAUUUGGAGCAUGCAAACACUGGCAUUCCAGGUCUGCUCAAAGCUAUGGGCGCGGCAUCUUCGGUCCUGCGCCUUCGCGGAGGUCGAUGAACACGAAAAGCUUAAUAAACGAUACACAUACUUCAAGGUGAUGGAAGACGCUGUCAGUAUCUUGGAGAAAGGAGAUAUAAUAUGUCGGGUAUCGGCUGCGUCCAUGGCCAGGACCCUGGGACAUUGGCUUGGAAAGAGCGAGCUUCCGAACUGUGCGGCGAUUGACUGGCACAGUCACGCGAAGGACAUUCUACGCGCAUUGCCUGGGUCGGAGCAGGAGUAG